CUAAGAUGCUGUGGUCAAGGACGUGUCUUGUUCUGGCCGUGACCUGCCUGUCCAUGUUAGACUUGACCGUAGCGUCCACUGUUGUCAUGGCUGCUGGACACUGUCCAAGUCCCGGAACACAGGCUGACUUUGACAUGAGCAAGUUUGCAGGUGUAUGGCAUGAGCUGGAAAGUUUUGACCGCAACUCAAGUGUCUGUGUGUCCAUAUUUUACUCACAACACGACAACGAGACGUACAACGUUUCUAGUAUAGGAUACAUUGAGAGUCUAGGGAAUGACAGUACCAUCCAUCGAACGCCAAUCACCAUCAAAGCCAAUGCUUAUGCUCCUAAUGCAUCAAGCCCUGCUGAACUUCGGCUAACCUACCCGGGAUACAACACAACAGACGGUCAGCCCAACUAUUUCAUCGUCUCAACGGAUUACGUCACAUAUGCCGUCAUUUAUUCCUGUAGCUCGUAUUUCGGCGAUACGAUUAACAUACAUGGCGCGUGGAUCCUGACACGUGACCGGGGCGUGGCACCCAGCAACCUGACCCAGAUCAAGGACGAACUGGCGGCGGCUGGUGUGUUGGUCAAGAACUUCGGCCCGUCCAACCAGAGCAACUGUGAGGUGGACACGGCACCCCUGACACCCCUGGCACCAGAGGCCACGACACUCGCGCCCUGA